GUCACGAUCAGAACCUGACUCACACAACACAAACGGGUUCGGAAAACGGGAAAAGAGAGAACCCUAAAGAGUUCAAGUAACCACAAAGCAUUCAAGAUUUCCUUCGUUUUCUUUCAUUUUCCUUCCGCGUUAUUGUCUGGUAGUGCUGUUAUUCAUCUUUGCCGUAUCGUCUUAGUGAUUAAUGGCGAGUAACAACGGGGUAACGGGCUCAUCGUCUUCGAGUUCCAAUGCCGGGGAUUCCUAUGUUGGAAGCCUCAUCAGCCUCAUUUCCAAGUACGAGAUUCGCUACGAGGGCAUUCUCUAUCACCUAAACGUACAAGAUUCAAUUGUUGGCCUCAACAACGUAAGAUCUUAUGGAACAGAGGGGAGAAAGAAAGAUGGCCCACAAAUUCCUCCAAGUGAUAAGGUGUAUGAAUACAUACUGUUUCGUGGAAGUGAUAUCAAGGAUUUACAAGUGAAGUCUGCCCCACCCGCUAAAGUGGAGGAGCAUAUUCUAAAUGAUCCUGCUAUCAUUCAGUCACACCAUGCUGGAGUGGCUUCAAGUUCUUCUCCGUCAGCUUCUGACAGCAGUAAUAGUUUGAUGGAUUCAAGAGAAUGGCAGGGUACCCCUGCUUUGUCAAGAAGAGCCUAUUCUGGUUCAUUGUCUUCAUGUCAAUCUGUAACUCAAGUGGGUGAAUCAAAUCUUCCCCACAAUACUAAAAAUGCUGCAUCAUCUGUUUCCACGCCAUUGUACUGGCAAGGGUACAAUGGGACAUCAAUCAGUAUUUCUCCUGCUCCACAGAACCCUAGUCAUCUUCCAUCCCCAUCCUCGCAAUCAUCUCCUCUGGGAAUGCAGAAUCAGAUGCAGGCUCUUGAUAUUAAUACUUCUCCCGUUGUUGGAUUGAUAAAUACUACAGAGUCUAUUACUCCUGUACCCUCUUCUAAUGCACCGAACUUGUCGUAUUUUAAUUUCCCACCACCUCUUGGUCCAGGACAGUGUUCUACUUCUUUGGACAUUGCAUAUUCGUCAUCCAUUAAGCCAUCUGUACCAUUGCAUGCGGCUUAUAUGACUGCUAGCAGACCAUCUAUGUCUUUAUUUCCUUCAUCGCCUCAAACCACAAAUGCUACUGAAGUGCAAGUUAACAGUAACAAUGGUUCUGAACCAAUAUUGGUGCAUCCUCCUUUGUCCAAUGCUUAUCCUGUGUCAUCUCUUGUUGGUUCUACUCACUCGCUUUUUCCACCUCCACCUUCGUUCAUUCUGGAUCAGUUUGCACUGUCUACAUCGAAUGUGUUGCCCUUGACACAGGAAAUGUCCCCUGAUCAAAAGGAUCUGGUUGGUCUGACAUCAAUAUCAUCUAGUUCCUCACCUGCAAUUUCUGCUCCCGCAUCUCAAGAGCCGUUAUUGCCACUACCAAUUUCUGCAAAUCAGCCUCAAGACACAGCCAUUGAGUAUGGUGAAGAGUUUGAUUUUGAAGCCAUGAACCAGAAAUUCAAAAAGGAUGAGGUUUGGGGUUAUAUUGGAAAGGCAAAGCAAAGGGAUAAAACACAGGGUGUGGAUGCAAAUUCAACUGAGCAGGACCUGGGGGAUCAGGAGGUACGUGGACGCUUGCCCUAUUGUGAGCCAAAGCCUGCAUACAAUAAGGAUGAGUUCUUUGACACGAUAUCCUGUAACUCACUUAACCGGAGAGCAUGGAACGGACAGAACCGUUUUUCUGAGCGAAUGAGGAUGGACACAGAGACGUUUGGCAACUUCCAACAAAGAUCUUAUCUGCAAUAUGGUGGCCGGGGCACCGGACGUGCAGGAAAUUACCAGGGACCACAGCACUGGGGAAGGGGAUAUGGCUAUGGUGGGAGAGGGCGGGGUUGAAAUGUGUUCUCUGAUGCUUGUUGGAUGUAAAUUGUGUUAAGAACCUGCUGUCUACUAUUAUGGUCCUGUCCUUUUCAUCUUGGUCUACCUCCUUUUGGUUUUUGAGUGGUCAAACUCAAGGUUAAUGAUGAGUUACCAGGGGAUGCUUAGUUGGAUGUACUGGAAUGAAGAUAAUGGCAAGUUCAUGUUCUUUUUCUCCCAUGAACUAACCUUUUGCAUUAACCAUUUGUCCUCAGUCUUAGUCAAAUUAGUGUGCGUAGAUGUGUUCAUGUGACAUUGCCAAUAGGUUCUCCAGGCAGAUGUCUAGUUAUCUAAUAUCCUUGUCUUUCUUUUUCUUAUCCUUCAUGGCUAUAUGCUGCUUGCCGGUCGGCCAAUUUUCUACCCCCAUAUGUUUCGGCUGCUCUGUAAAUUUUGGCCAGAUACAGAUCCAGACAUACUGCUAUGGGGAAGGAUGAUCAUGGGUUAAUUGAAGUACAACUUUUGGAACAUUGUGAUAGAUUUGCCUUUUCAUAGAAGACUGAACUUUGAAACAAA